AUGGUCAGAAUACCGUCGAAGAUGAAGAGAUCGGGUUACAUGACAGGAGGCCCUCGGGCCGGCUCCUCGGGGAGCAAGGCGAGACCCAGCCGUCCACCCUUCCCCGCGAGACAGAUGUUUGUUCUCGCUCUCUGCAGAAUAUGCGAACCGAUUGCUUUCAUGUCCAUAUUUCCGUACAUCUACAACAUGGUCCGCGACUUUCACACCACCGCAAACGAGGACCAGAUCUCAGUCUAUGCCGGCAUGGUCACAUCCGCCUUCACCUUGGCCGAGUUCUCGACAGGAGUUAUGUGGGGCCGACUCAGCGACAAGAUCGGUCGUAAGCCGGUUCUCUUGAUGGGCCUCGCAGGCACAGCUUUGAGCUCGCUGGUAUUCGGAUUCGCACCUAACCUGGCCGUUGCUCUUAUCGCGCGCGCUCUCGGCGGCCUUCUGAACGGCAACAUCGGCGUGCUUCAAACGACAGUAGCUGAGUUGGUUACUGUCAAGGAACACCAGCCCCGUGCAUACACUAUCAUGCCUCUUGUCUGGUGCCUCGGCUCUGUUGUCGGCCCGAUGAUCGGAGGUUUACUCGCCGAACCCUGUGUAAACUUCCCAAGCAUGUUUCCCAGGGAAUCAAUCUGGGACCGAUUCCCCUACCUUCUGCCCAAUCUUUUCAGCGCGAUCACCGUCUUCUUCGGCGUCGUCAUCGGCCUUCUCUUUUUGGAGGAGACUCACGCAGAGCGCAAGAAGAGGGCAGACCCCGGUGUUGAACUUGGAAAGCGCAUCCUGUCAUGGCUUUCCCUGACCAGUUGCCAGAGCCCGGCGCGCAAGGCGGAGAAGCAGGCCUUGCUGGAUGAUGACGAACUCCCCGGUUACAGAUCGACUGAGAACUCACCUCAGCUUGUCGGAUCAUCCUCUGAGAUCCCCGAGCCAACCGAAUCCCUCGACCUCAGCGCAGCGGCAGCCGAAGAGGUUGAGCGAGCUCCUGUCCAGACGAAGAUUUUCACGAAGCCUGUGGUUCUCAACAUUAUCUGCUACGGCAUCUUAGCCUUUCACACGAUGACCUUCGACCAGCUGUUCCCCGUCUUUCUCAGCACCGCACCGCCUGCGCACCCUGACAUUCACCUCCCGUUCAAGUUCGUGGACGGCUUUAACAUGGGUAGUCAGCAAAUCGGCAUCAUCCUGUCCGUCCAGGGUUUCUACUCGAUGGUCUCGACCGUCUUCAUUUUCCCGAUGGUUGUUCGACGCCUGGGUCCUCUUCGCCUGUUCAGAAUGUUGGCUGUCUCGUACUUCAUGCUGUACCUUCUCACCCCGUACUUGGUUCUCCUUCCGGACAACUUGAGGAUGGUUGGUAUUUACAUCAUGGUCAUCUGGAAGUGCACCUUUUCGACAAUGGCCUACCCCAGCAACGCGAUCCUGCUGACCAACUCGGCACCGAGCCUCUUGUCUCUUGGCACCAUCAACGGCGUCGCUGCUUCCACCGCCAGCUUAUGCAGAGCCUUGGGACCGACCGUUUCGGGAUUCCUCUACUCCCUCGGCCUUCGUACCGGCUACUCGGGUCUGGCGUGGUGGACCAGCGGUGCCAUCACCAUCAUCGGGGCAAUCCUCAGCAUGUACGCGACAGAACCUCGCGGUCGCCUGGACGAACCUGUGGAGGAUAUCGAGACGGCUCUCGAGCCUACCGAGACGGAAGGCCUACUGGCUGCCAUGGACGACGACGAGGAGUACGAAGCCGAGGCCGGCCCGAGCCGCAGGCCUUAG